AUGCUCCCCUGGCCGAUCGACAAGCUGAAUUGUCAGUUUCCGCAGCAACAGGCACCUCACGUUCUGCAGAGGUUACUUUGCGACAUCUGGCGACCACGGAGCAUCGACCAGGAGAUAGAACGUCUCAACUCCUCUGCCCAAGCUCGGAAUGACGGCGGUGCUGAACAGAUGGAGCCAGGGAGCUCCAACAGGCUAAGGUCAAAUUUUAAAGAACGUUGGAAGGCAAAUGAUCCC